AUGCCCAACCCCCUCAAGGCAAUACAUGCAAGUUUCAACCUCCUGACCUGCGCGCUGGACCACGACCAGGUCCCAAAUGAUAUCCGUCGCAGUCUCGAGCUCGUUCGAACAUGCGACUCAGAUCUUCAGCAUCUCAUAGAACUACGUCAAGAAUGUCUCCAUCUUCUUCAGCGCCGCCCAAGGGUUCUUGAGCGCGUACACAACAUUAUCGAGUCAGCUCGAAGAGGACUCCAAGAAGUCUGCGAGAUUGUCGAGAGAUGUCGACCAGAGACCGACAGAGGUGGAAAGACCACAUUUUCGAAAUGCAUGGCAUGGGUGCUUGUAGAUGCGAGUGAGUUCAAGAGCCAGGAGCCUAUUGUUAGUCGACAUCAUGCUGCUGUGCUCGCUGAGUUGAACUUUUUGAGACAGAUAGCUCUUUUGGCUCCUGUUCCCGAAACCGUGAGAGCUGAGGACAAGUGUGGUGUAAGAGAAGAAGCUGCAGUGUUUGAUAAUGUCGCGUUGCUGGGGGAUCUUCUUGCUCACACCAAGAAGCCACCAGUUGUCCAGCCCAUUGAUCCUCCAAAUACAACCACAAUUUUCAACACAAACGCAGAAUCGACAACAUCGACGACGACGCCAUCUUCGCUCCAGGUACCCCAGUCUCUUCAUCGAUCAACGAGUUCGCAGACGAUGCAUAUGGAGCAUGCGCCUGAAUCACUGCCGGAACUUGUUCCAGUCAACAUGAACAGCACAGCUCUACCUAAGCCUCUCACUUCAAGUGCCACUUACGAUAGCGAAGCCCUCGCAGGAUUGAGUCUGCUUCUUGGAGACCCCUUAGACUGGAGACACUCACCACCUCUGGCACCAGCCAACAACGGCCCAUUGAAUCGGCCAGUGACGCCUCCAUCUCAAAGACGGCCUGCAAACUUCAUUCAUAAUGCCAGCGAGCAAGCCUCAACUACACUCCUUCGUGUCUAUCAUCAAACAUCUCAAGCCCUUAUCAUCAGCAACAUUCACUUUCGAUACCCCCAGCAGCCACAAGAUCAGCGUCUCAUCUCCACCAUAUGCCGUCUGGUCACUAUCCAGGGCAACUCACGUGGUCAAAUUCGUCUUGUACGACAAUAUCAUCCAUCUCCUCUGGUUUAA